CGCCCUGCGGCGCUGCGGAGCUGCCGCCUCGCCCUUCUCUCUCCCUCCGCCGACUGCUGCGGCAUCCCCGGGGCCGCGGCACCGGCGACGACCCGGCCCCGCGCACAGCCCGGUCCGCUGCGGUGCCCGGUCUCUGCCCCGAGGCGAGCGCGGCGAGGCGGGGGCCACCCGCAGGGCCCGGUCCCGGUGGUGCAGAGAUGCCGGCAGCCCGCGCCGGGCCCCGCCGGGCCGCCCUGCGCCCGCAGCAUCGCGGCGGCCCGUGUGCCAUGAGCCGCCCUCCCCUGGGCACCUUCUCCGCCCCGCUCGCCUCCUCCUCCCACGGAGCCACCCUCCUCCUCCGCCCCCUCUCCCUGCCAGCCUCCUCCCCGCCCUUCCCCGCACUCCACGCCGGUGCCGGAGCCGCGCGUCACUCGGGCUCCAGCCCCGCCGCAGACAUGGCGACACUGACAGCAGUCCAGCCGCUCACGCUGGACAGAGAUGUUGCAAGAGCAAUUGAGUUACUGGAGAAACUGCAAGAAUCUGGAGAAGUACCAGUACACAAGCUACAGUCUCUAAAGAAGGUGCUGCAGAGUGAGUUUUGUACAGCUAUCAGAGAGGUGUAUCAAUACAUGCAUGAAACCAUAACUGUUAAUGGCUGUCCCGAAUUCCGAGCCAGGGCCACUGCAAAGGCGACAGUUGCUGCAUUUGCUGCAAGCGAAGGCCAUUCACACCCGCGUGUGGUGGAGCUGCCAAAGACUGAGGAAGGCCUGGGCUUUAAUGUCAUGGGAGGAAAAGAGCAAAAUUCACCUAUUUAUAUUUCUCGCAUCAUUCCUGGAGGAGUGGCAGAAAGGCAUGGUGGGCUCAAACGUGGGGACCAGCUGCUUUCAGUUAAUGGAGUGAGUGUGGAAGGAGAACACCACGAGAAGGCGGUGGAGCUGCUGAAGGCAGCUAAGGACAGCGUCAAGCUGGUGGUACGCUACACUCCCAAGGUGCUGGAGGAGAUGGAGGCUCGCUUCGAAAAACUGAGAACAGCCCGGCGCCGACAACAGCAGCAAUUGCUCAUUCAGCAGCAGCAGCAGCAGCAAACUACACAGCAAAACCAUAUGUCGUAGGUUAUUCUCAAGGAAGAAGAAGCCUCAAUCAAGAGUUCAGUAAUCAAGCAACCAGAGCUGUACUUCAGUAUUCCAGCAAAAGGAAACAACUAUGUGAAACAGAAUUCAUCUGGAGAAUAUACAGUACAAGACUGAUGUAGUUAAGUGAGCCAUAGAGAGGGUACCUUCAUGAUAAGGCUUUUCAGCACACAGCAGUCACAGAUACCUAUUACUGCUGUGACUCUAUUCCUAAUGAGAAAGCAUGAUUGGUAAACCCUAUGAAACAGAGAAGUCCAGAGCUUCCAAUAAUUCUGUUUGAUCUAAUCUUGCACUCCUUACUCUGACAAAUUUGCCAGUUGGCUUUCUUUAGUCACUGAAAAUUUUGUUUAAUGAGGUUAAGAUUGGCUGCUUUUGAGGACAGGAUCUUUCUCUACAAUAGUUAUCUCCAGAAAUGUACAUCUACAUCAGUUCAAAAUUUUGCCACAGACAUCAAACUUAUAUACCACGCUUCAUAACCACUUUGUACUAUAUAUUGUAGAGCUGUUUUAACCUAACUUCCUGUUUAUAAUUUUCAAAUUUCCCUCUGGAAAUAGCAAUUUACUAUAUUUAUAAAGUAUUCCAUUUGUAGAAGCAAUUGGCUUUUUACUCUUGGUGUUUCCAUAUAUUUUAUUAUACAUCAACAGAGUGAGAAAGUUUUAGGUCAGCUUUAAUUUUAUUAGUAGUAAAGUUAGGGAAGCCUAGAACUGUAUUUUUAAACUUAGGUAUUGCUUGUAUCUAUUAUAGUUACUAUUCAGAAAUCUAUAACUGGAUAUAUUAUAUAUUUAUUCCAUAAAAUAUAUAUUGUCUGAAUGUACCUUUUAGAGAAGUAGGGUCUUUGCUUAGCAUGUAUUGCAAAUGUGGUAAGCUAAUGUUAGCAAAAGACCAAGCUUUGUUAGGCAGAUAUUACUGUGAUUGCAUAAUCUCUGCAUUUCUGUAUUUUUUAAUUUAUUUUCUGGUCUAAUGUUAAUGUAUUUUAGAGAGGAGGAAGUGUAAGUUGUUUCUUUUAAGACUCACACAUUAUCAUUUAAAUUAAUUUGAAAUUAGAGUUCUUUUUUUUUAAUUAAACCAAAUUGGAAUGUGCAAAGAAAAUCUAUAACUAAGUUCUUAAGUUUACAUGUCUGCUUUUCCAAAGAAUAUAGUCAAAGCUGGAAGGCUAUAGAUGUCAUCUACUUUCAAGAAAAUAAGAAAAUGGGCCCCCAAAUCCUGAAAAAAAUAUAAGCAUUUUCACAUGCCUUCUGUGCUUCAUUAGAAAAGACUAGGGGGAAAAAGGAGCUUAGGGGACCCUACAGUCCUUGCAUGUUGAAAACUCCAGCUGAUGUCAGUGAAAGUUCAGUAAUGAGAGGAAUGUAGAAAUAGUCAAAACCAGUGUUCUGGUUGAGAACUUGGAACUAAGUCAGAAACAAUUAGUAUUUUGAAGGAUCUAUUCUCAAACAGAGAAAGACAAAGGAAAACAGGGGAAAUUGGCAGUAUCAUAGCAUAUGUUAGAAACCAAAUGCAGGCUAGCCAAAAGUCUUGACAGUAUUUGAUUAGUGUAAGUAGCCAUUAAAAGGAAAUUACUGUAUUUUUAAAACCAAGCAGCAUGGAUUCAUCUCGAGAAGCUUCUUUUUAUACCGAGAAGUAAUUCUAUCCAGUAGUCAUCAGUGACAAUAUCAAUUAAGACAGUGGAGUUUGAGAACUAUCAGAACUGAAGAUGAAAUAUAUUGUAUUGUGCUCUGCACAGUGUCUUUUUAUACUUAAUAAAAUUGUAUGUACCUAUUUUAAAACUGUAUUCUCAAACAGACAUUGCUAUUAAUAUUGACAGUAUAUAAAUUGUUAUUAUGACUGCAUAUAACUGUUCUGUAUCUCAUCAGUAUGAUUUGAAUUACACUGAUAGCUGCAUUUUCAGAGACCAAGUAUUCAGAUUUAGUUAGCCCACUGUACUGCAUUUUUCCAAACUGCCUCUCCACCUCUUCCCCUCCUCUUCUUCAAACAAUUUGAGUGGAAUGUGCUGAUUAAUAAAUUUCAAUAAUAGACUGUCAUUCAUAUAAAGAAGCAUAUCAAAUUCAUUUUCAUAUAUUAUUAUUCAAUAAAUUAUUUAUACACACUAAAAUUAACAUUCUAGUCUUUACCAACAUUUAACAAUAAGAUAAAAGAAAAAUAUAAGUGAAAUCUAACUGUCAAUGAAUUUGAAAUGGAAACAGGAAGAAAUAACUUGCUAUCACUUUUCAUGCCCCUUACUGAUCAAUAAAACAUAGCCACUUAAUCACGGAAUAAUCUCUGUCCCUAAACCUAUCACAUGCAUUUGCUUGUAGACAGUAUUUUCAUUUGUGAUUUAAGUGUCUUUGGUCUGGACGCAGUAAGACACUUCCACGCGUGCAUUGCUGAAUUAGUACCCAAAAGACAUGCAGGGAGGACAACACUUUCCACAUUCAGGCCUGCAGGUAUUUGUGCAUUGUGUUUUAACUGGCAUUUGCUGUUCCACUACGCUGAAUUAAUAUUCUUUCAGUGAAUUUAGUAAGUUUUUAUUGCCCAUAUUUACCUUUGGGGCUCUCUCAUGUUUCUCUGCACUGGCAGCAGACUGAGGUAGGAGAUCCAAGAAGCCUUUUCCGUCUCUUUAUUACAGUAACCAAAGGAGUGUUUACACACUCUUGCAUCAUGUUCCCUUAUACCAGAGACUCAGAUGCAAGAUCUAAUGAUAAUAGAGAAUGCAGUGUUGGUGGCAUUUACUUAGAGAAGUUGAUGGCUCUGUUGUGCUAGCCCUAGUUUUUUUGUUUGUGUCAUUUGAUCUGACUGGCACUUUAUAGGGCGUUGAAGGGUUCCAUAGUCCUUGAUAAGUGAAAAGCUCACCAGUUUGUGUUUUUGUCUUUUUCUUCUACAGUGACAAAUCAUAGAUGGAAGGUCAAUGAAUGCCCAUGAGUGAGAGAGAUGAUGUAAAAAUCUACCUGCAGUUCCCUUGUGAAUAAUACUACAGAUCUCAUAGACCUAUAUGUUGUACCUUGUGUACGUAUUUAUCACAGCCAGGCUCCCGGUAUGACUUAGGAACCUUUGGGAACUCUUGCAGAAGGCUCGAAAUUAUAUGGCUCAUUUGCACUAGAAGAAACUGUUUAUUCAUGUACUAACUUUAGGGGUUUUAGAGUUCUAAGUGAAAUUAGGAUCUCGUGAGCAAACCAAGUUCCUAGAAUAAAAAAAAAAAGCUAAACAAGAAGGGGAGUGGGUUUGCUUGUGUUUGAAAUAAAACAGGAUUUUAAGCAUAA